AUGACCUCCUCGCUAAUCCAGUCGGCAGUCGACCUGUCUAACGCUCCCAGGUUGUUCCUUGUACGUAACAGGGAAACAUUUUUUUUGUGAUUUCUAAUCGUUAAGAAGUAGAAAUCAUCUGUCAAGAGCAGUUUCAUAUUCCUAAUAUUUUCUAAUAAUUCCGGCAACUGGUUCGAAUAUUCAGAGUGAUAUGCACUGCACCACACACGCCACACGUCAAUCCAAAAUCAGCAUGGGUACAACAAAGGCCUCGGAAUUUGGACAUGUGCGUCUCAAAAUUGUGUAUUUUGCCAUUUUUCAAUUGGCGUUAAUCCAUAAUGCUGAGUCGUACUCGAUUGAAACGGCAACUGAUUACACCAUCGACCCUUCCUUUGUUGCUCAGGAUGAUACUUUUUCAGGGAUUUUUGACCCCCGCGUCCCUGCCAUUUCCAACGUCGACUAUGACCAGCAGAAUGAGAUUGAUAGGGAAAAGAGGGACGUGGAUAGCGUGACGGAGGUGACCGAGCCAGAGGGGACGACCUUUGUCCCCUUCAGCGACAGAGACGCCCCACUGCCGUCCACCCCAUUCCCACGCCCAGACGCCGACUACAACUACCCCACCGUCAACCCCAUCCCCGAGGAUUUUAAUCCCUCAAAUUUAACGGACAUUGAUCUGUCGUCAGGAUUUAUUCAAAACAGUCGAGCAUCUUGUCAAUGUGGGAAACCUUCCAGAAGAAUUGUGGGAGGUACUACGGCUUCCAUCAAAGACUACCCCUGGAUGGUCGGCCUGACCCGUGGAGGUGGACGCCCUUACUGUGGGGGCACUUUGAUCAAUUCGAAAUAUGUGGUCACUGCCAGUCACUGUGUUAAUGGUCAAACUGCCAGUCGCAUCACGGUUGUGUUAAAUGAGCAAGAUUUUAGCAGCAGCAGUGAUGGAGCCAAACCAGUCUCUAUUCGAGUAGAGUCAAUCAAAAUGCAUGAAAAUUACAACGGAAACAACAUUGACAACGAUAUUGCUUUACUCAAAUUGGCACAAUCUGUCCCACUCGGGAAUGGAUACAUCCCAAUCUGUUUGCCAUCGGCGAGUACAAAUGAUUUUGCUGGAAUACACGCCACUGUCACGGGCUGGGGAGCAACGUCGCAAGGGGGUUCAACAUCAUCCAAUUUGCGACAAGUCACCGUUCCUGUUCUUUCCAACUCUGAAUGUAACACUCGGUCGAAAUAUAAUGGGAAAAUUACCAAAAACAUGCUUUGUGCCGGUCUAUUGGCGUCUGGUGGAAAAGACUCGUGCCAGGGCGACAGUGGUGGUCCGCUAAUUAUUGAUAACGGUGGAAGGAAAACUUUAAUAGGAAUCGUAUCUUGGGGAUACGGCUGUGCCCAGCCCCAAAGUCCAGGGGUCUACUGUCGUGUUGCGAAUUACCCCGACUGGAUAUUGGCAAAUACAAGGGGUGCGGACUGGUGCCAAGGCUGAUUCCCAGGAGUUUAAACUGGUUUGACCAAGAAAAUGUGUGCAACUGAUUAUUUAAUGCAGAUUAUUAUUUAUUGUACAUGAUCCCAAAUUGUGAAUUGAUUGAAGAAUAAAACUUGUCAAGGAACUUAUUAUUGUUA